GGAACUUGGCUUUGGCAAACUGUUCACGGAUCACAUGCUCAAGAUCUACUAUCACAAGAGCUUGGGCGGAUGGCAGAAACCAGAGAUUACGCCCCUCGAGAACCUGGUCAUGCAUCCGGCUGCCAAAGUGCUUCACUAUGCCGUCGAGCUGUUUGAGGGCAUGAAAGCUUAUCGCGGUGUCGAUGGCAUAAUCCGCAUCUUCCGCCAAAUGGAGGCCGCUGCUCGUGGCCUGCAACAGGUGCUCUGGCUUUAUGGCGAGGAUCACCAGCUCACCGAAGUGGGCACCAUGAACAUAUUCAUGUUCUACGUCAACGAUCAAGGAGAACAAGAACUGAUUACACCACCGCUGAAUGGUCUCAUUCUUCCGGGCAUCACUCGCGACUCCAUUCUGGACAUGACUCGCCAGUGGGGCAAAUUCAAGGUACGCGAAGCCACCUUCACCAUGCCCAUGGUCUCCGAGCUGCUCAACCAAGGACGCUUAUUGGAGCUGUUCGGCACUGGCACCGCCUGUGUGGUUAGUCCCAUCAAUCGCAUCAACUAUUUGGGCCAGGAUCUGUAUAUUCCCACCAUGGAGCAGGAGAAGCCGGUGCAUGAACUGAUUCGCGAAACGUUGACCGACAUUCAGUACGGCAAAGUGGAUCAUCCCUGGUCGGUGGUCAUUGACUAAGCAUCCAACUUGUGCCGCACUUGUGUUAGUAGGUUAUAGU